AUGGCUGAAGUUGCCAAACCCACUCCUGCAAAGACAAGCUUCCAAGACAAGGAAAAGCCCACCGAGGUGCGUCUCAGCAACAUUCUGGCCGCCAAGGCUGUUGGUGAUGCCAUUCGUACAUCGCUCGGUCCUCGUGGUAUGGAUAAAAUGAUUCAAACCAGCAAUGGUGAAGUAGUCAUCACCAACGACGGUGCCACUAUCUUGAAACAUAUGGCUGUUCUUCAUCCUGCCGCAAAGAUGCUUGUCGAUUUGUCUGCAGCUCAAGAUGUCGAAGCAGGUGAUGGUACCACCUCGGUUGUGGUUCUUUGCAGCUCGAUGCUUUCUGCUGCCGAAAAGAUGUUGAACAAGGGUAUUCAUCCUACUACAAUCGCCGAGUCAUUCCAACGUGCUGCACAAAAGAGCGUCGAGUUUCUUACCGAGUUGGCUACUCCACUUGAUUUGGCCGAUCGUGAAUCUCUUUUAAGAGCUGCAUCCACUUCAUUGAAUUCCAAGAUUGUCUCCCAAUAUUCCUCUUUGCUUGCCCCUAUCGCCGUGGAUGCCGUCACCCGUGUCAUUGAUCCUGCUUUUGCCGAUAACGUCAACGUCAAAGAUAUCCGUGUCGUCAAGAAGGUCGGAGGCACCAUUGAUGAUACCGAACUUGUCGAUGGCUUGGUGCUCAAUCAAAAUGUGGUCAAGAGUGCUGGUGGUCCUACUCGCGUUGAAAAGGCCAAGAUUGGCUUGAUUCAAUUCCAACUUUCUCCUCCCAAGCCUGAUAUGGAUAACCAAAUUGUGGUCAAUGAUUACCGCCAAAUGGAUCGUAUUCUCAAAGAGGAACGCCAAUACCUUCUCAACAUGUGCAAAAAGAUCAAAAAGUCCGGAUGCAAUGUCUUGUUGAUUCAAAAGUCGAUCCUUCGUGAUGCUGUCAGCGAUUUGGCUCUCCACUUUUUAUCCAAGCUCAAGAUCAUGGUGGUAAAGGAUAUCGAACGUGAUGAAAUCGAGUUUAUUGCCAAGUCUCUUGGAUGCAAACCUGUUGCCGAUGUUGAAUCAUUUACAGACGACAAGCUUGGCUAUGCUGACUUGAUUGAAGAAGUUGACUCGGCUGGAUCUAAAAUCGUCAAGAUCACUGGCAUGAAGAAUGCUGGCAAGACCGUAUCAGUGUUGUGCCGUGGUGCCAAUUCGCUUGUUCUUGAAGAAUCACAUCGCUCACUUCACGAUGCCUUGUGUGUUGUCCGUUGUUUGGUUAAGAAAAAGGCAUUGAUCGCAGGUGGUGGUGCACCAGAAAUUGAAGUAUCACGGAGAUUGAUGGAAUAUGCAAAGACGCUCAAGGGCAUGGAGCAAUAUUGUUUCCAGGCUUUCGCUGAGUCCUUGGAAAUUAUUCCUACAACCUUGGCUGAGAAUGCUGGCUUGAAUCCUAUUUCUAUUGUCACUGAGCUUCGAAACAAGCACGCACAUGGUGAAUUGACUGCUGGUAUCAAUGUCAAGAAGGGUACAAUCACCGAUAUCCUUGAAGAGAACGUCAUCCAGCCAUUGUUGGUUUGCACUAGCGCUAUGGAACUUGCUGCAGAGACCGUCAAGAUGAUCUUAAAGAUUGAUGACUUGGUUCAAAGCCGAUAG